AUGGCACAAUUCGCCGCCAACAAGAAGAAACCGCCGAUCACGUCGGACCUAUUCGACCUCAAGCAGCAGCGCGAGGAGUCUCUGAAGGACUUCCUGCAAAGGUUCAACGAGGUCGCCUUGAGGAUAGCGUCGUUGGACGAAAGGAUGGCCGUCAUUGCAUUCCAGAAGGGCUUGAGGUCUGGAGCUUUCGACAUCGCGUUGGAAAGAACAAAUUGCCAGACGAUGUCAGAGGUGAGAGCCUUCGCACUGAGCCACAUUAAGACGGAGGAAGGACAGAUUAGCAAACGAGCAGCGGAAAGCCGAGAAGCGGGGGGCAGCAAUAAGGAGGGAAAUAAGCAUCUUCGACCGCGAACGGAUUGGAGUAAACGAUGUGACCGUUACAACAUGAAGGAGGGCAAUUACCGACAGGCCGAUCAUGGUGGUCGGACAAGGGGCGAGUGGACACGCAACAAUGAUGAAGAGAAGUUUACUCCACUCAAUGUUCCCAGGCGAAAGAUACUUCACGAUGUCAACAACGCAUCGUUGUUUGAAUUUCCAGCGGCGACGGAACGACAAUUGGGGCCCUUUAAAACUGAUUGGUGCGAGUUCCAUAGAGCUCAUGGACACUCCACUGAAAAUUGCUUCGUCCUAGGGAGGGAGAUUGAGCGUUUGAUCAAAGAGGGGCGACUGAAAAAGUUCGUGGCAAGAAAGCAAGAGGAAAGCUCCUCGGAGAGGCGACGAAAACACAUUAAAGGUGGAUCAAGGAGAGAACGCUACGAAGAAAGAUCUCCUCCCAGGGACACGCCAACGAAGGUGUCGGGAACCCACCAGCAACCCAUCCACGGGGAUUUCAAUACCAUCGCAGGGGGUUUCGCCGGCGGGGGAGCUACCUCAGCCUGA